AUGGAUGCAUUGCACCGCGCGUGCUACGCCCCCGAUAGCCUGCUGCUUUCCACGUCGUCCGCCCGCUAUGCUGUGGUUGGACCCAAGAAGAAGGGCAUGACCGCCGCCCCCAAGAAGGGUGUCAAGUCUCUGAACACGAAGAAGGGGAGAGGAGCAUCAGGAGGUGACUCGGGCAAGCGGCCAGCCCAAGGCGAGCGGAAAGCCCAACGGAAGCGCAUCGUUCUGAGCAACGACAACGCACUCGAAGUAUCUUCGCUGCGGGACCUCACCAAGGACAAUGUCCUCAGCGAACAGAAUGAGGGCAAGGUUAUGGGGCUACCACAAGAGACUGUAGUGGAUGCGCUGCGAGCCGUCGAGGCAUUCAAAACAACCCAGGGAUGGGGUCUGUUCCGCCGACCAGCCGUGUUGAUGAGAAAGGAGGCGAUUGAACUCGCGAGGCUGUUCAAAGAGGCCGAGAGCUCCAAGAAGACAAUAAGACGGAUACUGUGCGGGCAAAGAAUGAGCGGGAAGAGCACAUUGGUACUUCAGGGUCUGACUAUGGGUUUUCUACGGGACUGGUUUGUGAUCAACCUACCAGAAGCCCAGACCCUCGUCAACGCGCAUACCGACUAUGCGCCUCUUCCCAACUCAGAACCGAUGCAGUACACUCAAGAUACAUACACGGCGAAUCUCCUCCAGCAAAUCCUCAUGUCCAACGGAGCAUUCCUCGCAGCCACAAAACUUAGCACGCAGCCUGAACUGCCUCUGCCACUUCCUGCGGGCGCUACACUGAAAGAGCUGGCGGCGCUUGGUAUGGCCAAUCCCGAAGCAUCAUGGCCAGUGUUUGUUGCGUUAUGGAAUGAGCUAUCUCUACCAGGCCGUCCACAAAUCCUGCUUGCACUCGACGGCCUAUCGCAUGUUAUGCGCCACUCCGAGUACAUGUCUGCGGAAGUAAAGCCUAUCCACGCCCACGACCUGACUCUUGUCCGCCAUUUCGUCGAUCAUCUUUCAGGCCAAAGAAAUUACCCAACGGCGGCGUGGUGCUCGGCGCGCUAA